AUAUUUAAAGUUAUUUUAUUUUGCAUUACUUUGUCUUGUGCAGUUAUGUUUGAUACAAACAAGUUGCAGUCUUGCAAAUACUGAUCCCCAGUCUUUGUAUAAUCUUAGCCUGUAAAGUAAAAAGAUGUAAUGAGGGUGUCAGACUUCAGUCUAUUAAAAGUCUUUCCAGAGUCUUUAAGAAGUCGUGUAUUGUAUGGACAGCAAUAUUACGUUUGCUGGAGGAAGAGCAAGGCCAGAGGUCCACAGUGCGGCUCACAUCAAACUACUGAGAAAACUCCUGUAAAAAUGUUGCCCAUGUCAUUUCCUCCUCUUGUCUUUUGAGAGAACCCCCUCCAAAAUCUCGUACAAUCUCGUGUUACAAGCCUGCACACUUUAAAUAAGUAUUAGUGUAAAUAAGAGUGAGCGGGGUCUGUUUACAUCUCCUUCUGCUCUUCUGAGUGCAUUUGCAAUUGUUUUUGAAGUUGAGGGCGGAGCUGUGGGACUAGUUCACUGUGUCGCAGCAGCAGGUCCGUGUGGAGCAGACCUUCACUCUGUGGUUCCUCUCAAGUUACAAAUGUUUACAUAUCAGCGCUGAGCCGAGCUGUCUGACUUCACCCCGUUAGCACCCCUUUCCCGUCUGCCUCCCCCAGUCCGCGAUGUCUCCGUAGGGUGGAAGGCUGGGGCGGAUUUUGCUGAUGGCAGGAGUUUGCUGUAAGAGCUCGGCGCCGUUCUCCGUCUUCAAGCGCACUCUCUCGGUGCGGAGCUCCACCUCCACCCCGCGGCCGCUGUGUCUAACCGUGGGUCGGAGAGGAGCUCAGGAGGGCUGCCUGACCGCCCGACCCCCCCACCUGAAGACCGCCAGCCCUCAUCGACACACUGCCUGUCUCUUCUUCUCUUGUCAGGAAUCCAUGAGCGAGACUCUGAGGACCUGCUACGUUUAUCUGAACCAGACCAGCAGGAGCUUCGCCGCUGUGAUUCAGGCCCUGGACGGAGAGCUGCGCCAUGCAGUUUGUAUAUUCUACCUAGUCCUUCGGGCACUGGACACAGUUGAGGAUGACAUGACGAUUCCUUUGGAGAAGAAGGUUCCACUGCUGCACGAGUUCCACACUUUCCUCUACCAGCCAGAAUGGUGCUUCACAGAAAGUAAAGAGAAAGACCGUCAAGUCCUAGAGGACUUUCCCUCGAUUUCAGUGGAGUUUAGGAACCUCGGCCAGGAGUAUCGCGAAGUGAUUUCUGACAUUUGCCACAGGAUGGGGUUUGGCAUGGCAGAAUUUCUUGAGAAGAAAGUCAGCUCAAUGAAAGAGUGGGAUAAGUACUGUCACUACGUGGCUGGUCUGGUGGGUGUGGGUCUAUCUCGGCUUUUCUCUGCAUCUCAACUGGAGGAUCCUGAAGUAGGACGAGACACUGAAUUGGCCAACUCCAUGGGCUUGUUCUUACAAAAGACAAAUAUUAUCAGGGACUACCUGGAAGACCAGCAGGAAGGCCGAGCUUUUUGGCCAGAAGAGGCAUGGAGUCAGUUCGCUUCUCGAUUGGAGGACUUUGCACAACCGCAAAACUUGACUUCAGCCCUGGCCUGCCUCAACCUGCUAGUAACUGAUGCUUUGCGACAUGUCCCCGAUGUAAUCUCCUACCUGUCCCGUCUCCGCAAUCAGAGCGUCUUCAACUUUUGUGCGAUCCCACAGGUGAUGGCGAUAGCGACUCUCUCUGCAUGUUACAACAACCCACAGGUGUUCCAGGGCAUUGUGAAAAUCAGGAAGGGGCAGGCGGUCACUUUGAUGAUGGAAGCUACUAACAUGCAAACUGUUCAGAACAUCAUUGCACAGUACACUCAAGAGAUUCUACAGAAAGUCUCUCUGUCUGAUCCGUCGCGGGAUAAGACAUUGUGCAUACUGGGGGUAAUCCAGGAAAAGACACUUGCUAGAACAGCACUGUCCUCCCGAUCUCACCACCUCUCUCCUUUCUACCUUUCUGCUGCCAUGCUCCUCGCUGCUCUCAGCUGGCAGUAUCUCAAUGCCGCACAGUCUACAGGCAGCACGGACAUGCAGGGCAGCUAAAUUUUCCUGGGUUUUUUUUCCAGCUGUCUGGGGAAUUGCUGCUGUUGUUUCACUUUAAUCUCCACAUGCCAUUUAUAUUUUACAGAAAUGUCUGCAGUGCGCCCACUGGAUUUAUUUGGCUUCUGGUUUAGUUUCUGUGAAUUUUUCCCUUUUACUACUUGAUGUUUUGCCUGUUAAUAUGACACAUUAAUAUAAUUUCAGAAAUAAUGUUGCUAUUUGAAAUGUUAAAGCACAGUACUUGUGGGCCUGUUAUAUGAGCAGUGGACAGCAUUCAUAAGAACUUUGUGCAUUCAUUGCUUUUAGCACUUAGGAUGUAUUUUUUGAGUCGCAAGAGACUGCAUGAUGUUUUAUUUAGUUUGUGUUGUUUUCAGUGUAAAUGACAUAGAGAAUACCACACUGGUUUUCAGCAAAAAACAUGUUUGUUUGUUUUUUUUCUUUCUUGUACUAUAUUCUCUGGGACAAGUUGGAUAUGUAUUUACUGGAAGCAAAGCACAUGCACCCAUGUCAGAUACUAUAUGUCUGAGGACAUAUAUAUAUGACAUACUAUAUGUCUCGCUGCUUAGCUUUGUGCUGGAAGUUUGUACACAACCAAAGGUAAAGUGAUAACAUUGCCAUGUAAUGUGGGACUUGUUGCUACAUUGAUUUGUACAUAAUUAAAGGAGAAUAAAAGUCUAAAAUAUAUGAUAAAUAA